AUGUAUAGUGUUGUACGCUCUACAUGUAUCAAGCUCAUUUUCGGCUACGUCUUCCUUCACUGUAUGCAAACCGGCCUGAUGGCUACGAUAGCAGUCGACUUACUCAUUUCAAUCACAUUCCCUCUAUGGCAUCGUGUGACCAGGAACAAUAUUUAUGUAUCUCUUAUUUCAAUUCCGUCUGCUCUCUAUGGGUUAUUAUCAGUGAUUCUCGGAUUUCUAAUGACUAAUGAUGAUCACGUCAAUCUGUGCAAUCCACCAUCAAGCUUGUACGGAAAAGCGAAAAGUUUUUGGUAUAUUGUGGCCUUCAUAGCCGGAGUUAAUGUGAGCUCGCUCAAUCCUUUUUGCCCUCCUACAAGGGCUCGCUUCGGUUAUGCAAUUUAUAUAAUAAUACCAGGUAAACGGCACAUCAAUCAGCCACAAGAUUUUGCCCGACGCACGAUGAGAAGCAUGAGUAUAAUCGUAGUGAUAUUCCUCUGCACAAGAUUCCUCGCUACAGUUGGAGCGAACAUUCUAAAUAUGGGAAAUGUCGACCCGCAUACUGUGGAAUUGUUCCAGAAUUACUGCGUAAGUUUUCGCGACACCUUACGCAGUGGUCUGCCGUUAAAGCAUCGAAACUUUUUUCACAUUUUGCACCAGGAGGGCACUGAAGCUUUAUUUUAUUAG